CUGUACUGAUCGUGGGGAGAGGACGACUUACUGUAUGGACAGAACACAGGAACGGAGCCGCAACUAUGGAGAACUUAACGCAAGCUAACUGGAGAGAAAUUGUGAAUAAGAAGUUGAAGUUUCCAGUGAGUCUUAUCAAUGCCAUACAUGAUGGGAACCUUCCUCAGAUUCAGCAGCUUCUACAGGUUAGUGAUGGGAUCCUGCGACAGCUGGACGAUAGUGAAGAUCGAUCAUGGCGGGAGGCUCUUAAUCUCGCCAUCCGUACGGGAAACGAGGAGAUUAUGAAGACUUUGUUGCAUUGUGUGAAGUUUGACUUCAGACAGAUCCAUGAAGCUCUCCUCGUGGCUGUCGACACCAACCAGCCUCAUGUGGUUAAGAUGUUACUGGAUCGACUGGACCAAGAGAAAGGCCUAAAGAUGGACAUCAAGUCUUUCUCAUUGGCUUUCUUUGACAACUCCAUUGACAAUUCACGCUUUGCUCCAGGAGUAACUCCACUCACCUUGGCCUGCGAGAAGGACCUCUAUGAAAUUGUGGAGAUGCUCAUGAAGAAAGGUCAUGUGAUCACCACUCCACAUAAGAUCUCCUGCGCGUGUCUGGAGUGCAGCAAUGGACGCAAGUAUGACCUUCUGAAAUUCUCACUGUCUCGAAUCAAUACAUACAAAGGAAUCGCCAGCAGGGCCUAUCUGUCUAUUGCCAACGAAGAUGCCAUGUUGAGAGCCUUCAAACUGAGUCGGGAACUUAAGAGACUUUCAAAGAAAGAGCCAGAGUUUAAGCCCGAGUACCUGAGCCUGGAGAACCUGUGUCAGGAGUUUGCGGUGGAGCUGCUGGGAAUGUGUCGUAAUCAGAGCGAAGUAACCGCCGUGCUCAACGACUGCGGAGACGACAGCGAUGAAGAAGAGAUGGACAACCAGACGUUCGAGGAAGGAAUCCCCAACCUGGCCCGGCUGCGCCUCGCUGUGCACCACAACCAGAAACGGUUUGUGGCUCAUCCCAUUUGCCAGCAAGUCCUGUCCUCUAUCUGGAGCGGGAAGUUAUCGGGCUGGAGGGGCAGUAACACCAUCUGGAAGAUCUUCGUUUCCUGCGCCAUCUUUCUUACCAUGCCUCUCCUGUGCCUCAUCUACUGGUUGGCUCCAAAGUCAAAGUUUGGAAGAACCCUUAAGAUUCCGGUAAUAAAGUUCCUUCUUCACUCGGCCUCCUACUUGUGGUUCCUGAUAUUCCUCCUGGUGGAGUCCUUGAUAAUGGAGAGAAGACAUGAUAUAUAUGAAGGAAGAGAACAGACCAUAUGGCAGAACUCUCUACACAUGAUCUGGGUGGCAGGUUUCUUGUGGCAUGAGUGUAAGGAGGUCUGGAUCGAGGGGCUGCGGAGUUAUUUCCUUGACUGGUGGAACUUUCUGGAUAUCGUGACUAUCAGUAUGUAUCUGGCGUCGUUCUCUCUGAGGAUCCUGGUGGCAGUGAAAGGUUAUCUCACCUGUGACAACGACCCGGAUUCAGAUAUUUGCUUCUAUUACACUAAAGCAGGACGUCCAGAUUGGAACACGGAGGACCCACAGUUCAUUGCUGAGGUCCUGUUUGCUGUGACCAGUAUGCUGAGCUUCACACGUCUGGCCUACAUCCUUCCUGCUCAUGAGACCCUUGGGACUCUACAGAUAUCUAUAGGCAAGAUGAUCGAUGACAUGAUACGGUUCAUGUUCAUCCUGAUGAUCAUCCUCACCGCCUUCCUCUGCGGCCUCAACAAUAUCUAUGUUAACUACAGUAACGCAGACAAACUGGGGAACUUUAAUGAGACCUUCCAGUUUCUUUUCUGGACGAUGUUUCAGAUGGUGGAAAGGACGACUGUGGACAUGAAUCACUACGUGGUGGCAGAGUUUGUUGGCCGGGCCUUGUAUGGUCUUUUUACUAUUGUCAUGGUCAUUGUCCUUCUCAACAUGCUCAUUGCUAUGAUCACCAACUCAUUCCAGAAGAUCGAGGAUGACGCUGAUGUUGAAUGGAAAUUUGCUCGCUCCAAAUUGUAUCUUUCCUAUUUCCGAGAAGGACUGACCCUACCGGUUCCAUUUAAUAUCAUCCCUACUCCUAAGUCGCUCUUCUACAUAUUCAGAGGGAUUUUCAGAUUCCUAUGCUGCUACAAACCCAAGAGGAAACCAGAAUAUCCUCCAAUUGCUACCAUCUCCAACAGUGGCAUCAAUGGGGAGUAUUUCAGCGAGAGUCGUAAAUCGUACAGACUGCAGGUGAUCAAAGCUUUGGUCCAGAGAUACAUUGAUACGGCCAGAAGGGAGUUUGAAGAAGCCAAACGUAAAGAUCUUGGGAACCGUAUCACAGAGCUAAACAAGAACGUUAUACGUCUGCAGUCAGAGGUGAAGACCCUGAGACGUUCCCUGGCAGAUAAUGGAGCGAACGUCACUCCAAAAGAAAAUGAAAACGUGCUGAGCCGCUACAUUAUGAAAGUGAAGAACAGCUUCCAGCACUAUGACCAGGAGUCAGUCGGUUCCGGGAAGGAUUCUUCAGAAGUCACUGUUCAUCAAGAUAGUUUUAAGAACAUUCUCCCGGAGGAUGACUGCCCCCCAUAUCACGUUGUUCCCCUUGCUAAUGACCUAGACCAUGCUGUUGAUAAUUUAGAGGUUGGAGAGGACAUGUAAGCAACUAGAUAACUCAUAGAAUGUAAUCAAGGAACUAUGGUACCCAAAAAUAUGGCCACAACCAAAGAUUACUAGAACGGGGAUGAAUGGGGGUCAUCAGAGUGAACCCAACAUCUGCUUGUAGCUUUGGUCUUCCCAGAGUUCUGGUGAUUUCCAACUGAAACAUGAUUUGGUCAUAUUGGGAAUCGGACUGUGAGCUCACACUGGGAACAGGUACUAAGAGUGUAAUAUCACUUAGCAUUAUAAGAGAAGCGGCUGAUAUUCGUAACAACUUAUUACAGUACAGUAGUGUAAUAAGAGGAGUGUCUGAUAUCAAUCACAUACAAUGUAAAUGUUUCUGGAUGUAAUAUUAGUGGUGGGGUGUUAUAAGCAGAGUAGCACUUUGUCACUCAUCUGAAGAACACGUCAUUCUCAACCCCGACUUCUAUAGAUUGUAUUCACCUGCCCCACAGUUCGCUUUCUGUGGAAUGGCUGCUCCCCUGAUGACGAACUGAUGUUUUAAUAGCGCACAGGCAAGUAGGGCAACGACGAUCAGCGGACUACAGACCUUAUCACAUAGGAAAAGUUUCCAAUACAAAAUAUUAUGUUAUACACCAUGUAACAAGGAAAAAUAGCGGAGAGCACUAUUGAAUAAUUACCACUAAAACAAAAAGGAUAUAUAUGCGGAGGUGGAUGAGGGUCCAGCAGAAUCAAUGACACUUGUGGGGUGCACGCAAUAAAGCUGCA